AUGGCAACAGUAUCGGUCGCCGGUGGCGCAGUGCACGGAGCAGACUGGAGUGAGACGGCGGCUGACGGCAGACGGCAGUCAGUAGUUGCUCAUAUGUGCAUGCAGUGGGACCGAGUGCCGCUCGACUGGGACCUCGACGUCAACCUGGAGCUCGAGUUGCGAUCUCGGCGAUCCAGGCUGCAGAGGCACUUGUCCGAGGGACCGCAUGGCUUCUGCUCGGCCAACACACAUCCUCCCAGGUCGACCACUCUUACACUGCACAAUCGGAGGCAAACUGAAGAAGAUCAGCUGUACUGUCAAAAUCAUGCAGCAGUGCAACCGUCUCCAGAUACCGGGCAGGAGAAAUUCAAAAAUGCGACGCAAGACCUAUUCGAGCUUUUGGAACGAGUGCAAUGCAGUCGACUGGACGACCAGCGAUGUGUCCUUCCUCCUUACUUCUCACAGACAUCGAGGGAGGAGAUAAGGCCGGCGACUGGCGGCAACAACGACUCGCAAGAGCUGCUGGAAGAGACGCUGCGGGGGGCGGGGCCCUACCCCAUGAUCGUGCUGCCCCCGAGGGGCGGCUACUGGGUAGAAGACAACGAUCCGCCCCCCACCUCCCAGCAGCCUCACCAGUGGCGAGCCAAGAUCGAGACCGACGAUACUGCCAAGUGCUAUCGCAGGUUUUUCUUGGGCAGGGAGCAUUUGAACUUCGUGGGCAUUGAUGAGAACCUGGGACCAGUGCUGCUGUCAGUGAAGAGCGAGAAUGUCGCGAACCAGGACCACACCAGGCUGCUUCUGCGGCUCAAAACAGGAACAUCACACGAACUGUUGCCAUCCUAUGGCACCUCUGCACCUCACACCAUGGCUAAGUUACUGAACGAGAGGCUAACAGUACAGUCAAUGCAGCCAGUGCUUUGCCCGCGCGCCAGUCAGCUGAUCGCAGCUUACGACGAACACGUGUUGGUGGCGCACUUCAAGUUCGGCGUGCUCUACCAGAGGUUCGGGCAAACCAACGAGGAGCAACUCUUCUCCAACAAGUGCUCCAGUCCCGCCUUCGACGAGUUCCUCGGUGUGCUCGGACAGAGGAUACAGCUCAAGGAUCACAAAGGUUACCGAGGUGGCUUGGAUACCCAGUUUGGUCAAACCGGAGAUGAAGCCAUCUACCAACUGUACAAGGAAAGAGAAAUCAUCUUUCAUGUCUCAACACUCCUUCCAUACACCGACAAUGAUCCUCAACAGCUUCAGAGGAAGAGGCAUAUAGGAAACGACAUUGUCGCAGUUGUAUUCCAGGAGUCGAACACUCCAUUCUCACCUGACAUGAUAGCAUCACAUUUUCUACACGCUUAUAUUGUUGUACAAGCUAUUGAACCUAACACUCCUAACACAAGGUACGAAAUAAAAGUAACAGCAAGAGAUGAUGUUCCAUUUUUCGGACCUACACUUCCCUCACCACCGAUCUUCAAAAAGGGCCCCGAAUUGAAGGAAUUCCUCCUGACGAAAUUGAUAAAUGCUGAAAAUGCUUGCUACAAGGCGCACAAAUUCGCCAAAUUGGAGUUGAGGACACGAACGUCACUGCUGAGCUCUCUGUGUGAAGAGCUGCGAGAGAAGUCGAAGGACUUCAUGGGUGGCGAGGGGGGUCUAUCAGGGGGGGACCCCGCCGACACCCCCAAGUCGGAGAGUGGUCCGGGCACCAGGUUCAUUGACACGGUGCGCAAGGCACUCAUCGCCAGGGUGCGCAACCAGGGUGUUCCCAACGAGAACAACAACAACACUGCUAAGAAAACCUUGUCCAGUGGGGGUAUCAGCAGUGAAACUCCUACUCCCACGGUAAUUGGUCGUUUCAUUUCUCUGUUUAUAUUCCAUUUCUAUUCAUUUUUCAGUUUCUUAUUUAUUAAAUGAAGUUUGUUUCAGAGA